AUGAACACAAACCAGCUCGGCUCCAUGUUCUCCACCAGGCUCUCCUCCGCCUACAACCAGCUCAGAGGAGACCUCGGCGCCCCACAGACCGCGACAGAGACCAUCGAGAAGCUCGUCGACAGGAUUCAGACCAGCGCAGCCGUCGAAGAUAGGCGGACGGCUGUAUUGGGGCUCAAGGGCCUCAGCAGGGACUGGAAAGAGGAUGUCGGGCACAAUGCCUUGCCGUCUUUGAUUGCGGUCCUGGAGCAUGAUGCUCCCUUCGAUGUCGAGAUUGCAAAGGCUACUCUCGAAACGCUGAUGCAGCUGUGCGAAACUGCUGAGAAGCCGGCCAAAGAUGACCUUGGGCUAUUCUUCACCGAUGCCUUCCUCGAAGACCCCAAACCCGCCCAUACUCUGAUCAAUCUUAUCUCGUCCUCUAGUUCAUUUUAUCCACGAUUCUUCUCAAUUCAAUUCCUCUCCCAACUCCUCGCUUCUCGCUCCCAAGUCGCGCAAUCCUACAUCAUGUCUGCCCCACCUCCUGGGAUCGACGGCAUCCUGGCAGUACUCGACACUUCCACGGGACCGACCAUGGCUGGGGGCGCCAGCGAGAUGCUGCGAAACGAGGCGCUGUUGCUCUUCCCUGCAAUGCUGAGCGGCAACCAGGAUCUCCAAAAGAUUGUGGCAUUCUCGGGCGCCUUUGAGAAGUUGUUCCAGAUCAUUGAUUCUGAGGGAGGCGUUGAUGGCGGUAUCGUUGUGCAAGAUGCCUUGGCUGCUGUCGGCUAUCUCUUGCGAUUCAAUGUGUCAAAUCAGAACUACUUCCGAGAGCUCACCCUUAUUCCCCAAAUCCCUCACAUCUUGGGCUUCCCAUCACCGUUAGCGAAGGAUGAAGCGACGCCGGAAGAGUUUGCUCUGCAAUAUUGGCCUGAGCAGAAGGUUGACAACACCAGCUUGGUGCUUGGUCUCGUCAGGAUGCUCGUCGGAGGCCCUGGUGGAGGCAACCAAAACGCCAUGGCAGCCAGCGGUGUGACUCGAUGCCUGCUCGAGCUCUCUCUUGCUUCCAACGCUCCCGCUUCCAUUAAAUCACAAUGCCUCUCUACUCUCACGCCCAUCCUCACCUCGUCUCCCAUCAACCAGGAUCUCUUCGCUUCUCUCCAGGUGUCACACCUCUUGGCUGUCCCUGCCGAUGAAGUCAACCCCAACGGCGGCUUCGUCCGCGUGCCUCCAAAGCCUGCUGUUGUGGCGCUUGUGGAAAGUGUUGUUGAGGGCGAUCCCUCUUCCGGGGGUAGAAGCCUGAGGUCGAGGUCUGCAGGCGUCAAUAUGUUUCAGGCAUACUUGUCAGGCAACGACGAUGCUCGAAUCGGACUCUUAUCGUCUCUUCUCGACCCAACUGCAGACGGUCAAUCCCAAGACCAACCUUCAGCGAGUUCCCUCAUCCUCACCGGCCUUCUUGAGCUCCCGCACGCCUCCCUCUCCCCAGAUUUCGACCCCUACCCGCCCUUGUUCUCCUGUCUUCUCUUAUCACACCUCAUUCGAAAUUCCGAGCACGCCAAAAAGCUCGCUCGGGACGUUACCUUCCCCUCGGGCGACUCUGAUUCUGCUGUCGAUACCGAUGACGAUAAGGUGUCUCUUAUCCAGCUUGUCGUGGGGAAUUUGCUUCUCGCUUCUAGGGAGCAGACUGAGUGCGUGAACAAGGCCGCCAAGGAAGGCGCGUCUGACGGACUGAAGGAAGAGGAGGAAUGGACGAGGGUCAUUGUGGGGUACUUGAUGUUGCUGUGUACGUGGUUGUGGGACAGCCCCAAGAGUGUCAAGGAGUUCCUCAGUGAAAGCAACAACCUUCAAGCACUCAUCCAACCUAUCACCCAAAACACUUCUAUCGACCCCUUAAUCCAAGGUCUUUCCGCCUUCCUUCUCGGUGUCUGUUACGAGUUUAACCGCGAACCCGGAGAAAUCACCCGAGCGACAUUACAUCCCAUCCUCCACUCUCGUAUCGGCCCGGACCAGUUUGUGUCGCGAAUGGCGAGGUUGAGGGAGGAUGUGAGGUUUAGAGCGGUGCAGCCUUUGGACUUUGAGUUGGACGAGCAGGUGGCACAGCAGCAGAGCCAUCAGGGCGAGGAAGAGGCGGACGAAGAUGUGGAAGUGUGGUUUGAUUGGGCGUUUGUGGAUUUCUGGAAGAACCAUUACUACACGAUCCAAAGAUCAAUCGCUAUCGAUCCUGAUGCAGUUCGCGGGUCCAACACUCCCGACGACACCGAGACCACCGCCAUCAUCCUCUCUCUCCGUUCGAAGCUGAAGACUCAGACCGACGAAGUCGCCUCUCUCACCUCCAAACUCGACUCCAUUCAUGCCGAGCACAAGACAUCGCAAGAUGCUCUUACACAACAAACUUUUGAGCUUGGUGAGCAAGUGAAGACUCUUACAGCCCAGCUUGAAGAGAGCAAGGCGCUGGUCGAGGCUCUGGAAAGCGAGCUGGCUGGAUUGAGAGAAGCGUUCGCAAAGUCAGAGGAGACUGCUGCCGGCGCUGAAACCACUUCCAAGGAGCUCGGCAACGUGAAGGAGGAGUUUGAGAAGGUGAAGGCGGACUAUGAGAAGGCCAGCAGCGAGCUGCAGCUGGCCAGGAUGAGCGCUAAAGGAAGAGAGACAAAGAUGAAGGAUUUGGAGGGCAAGGUCAAGAAGCUCGAGGAAGAGGUGGCCGUGGCGAAGGCGUCUCCUGCCCCAGCAACCGCUCCUUCCGAUCCUGCCGCCGAUACAGGGAAACAAGCCGAAGCCGAGGAAGCUUUGAAGAAGAAGGAGGAGGAGAUUGCCAAGAGAGAGGAAGAGUGGAAGCUGAAGGAGGCAGAAUACCAAGAAAAGCUGAAACAGGAAGAGGUGCGAGUGAAAGAGCUGGAAGAAAGCGCCAAAGCGUCUGCCGAAAAGACAACGGCCGGAGAAGACAAGACUGCCACUCUUGAGAGCAAGAUCAAGGAGCUUGAAGAGAAGCUUGCUGCUGCCCCGGCCGCCGCUGCUGCUGCUGAGCCUGCCCAGGGAGGUAGCAACAAGCAAGCGAAGAAGCGUGCUGCCGAGCUCGACGGCAAGGUCAAGGAGCUCGAGACUUCCCUUGCGGAGGAAAAGACUAGGAGGGAAGAGGAGGCGAAGGAGCACGAAGAUCUGUUAGUGUUGCUCGACGAGUUGACAGGGAAGCGGAUGAGGGACAAGGAGGUGAUGAAGGAGAAGGGUAUCGAGGUCAGCGAAGAUGAGGAAGAAGGUGAUGACGAGGAAUAG